AUGAAAAAUCGAAGAGAACAAAAUAAUACUGUUGACAAGUUCUACUUAUUAAUACUGUUUUCUGUUGAAGGUACUGUGAUCACGACCUGGGUACGAGCAAUCUGGAUUGAAAACGCAAUUGAGGAGGAAGGUGUUGUUCCAAAAGCACGGAUCCAAGGAAAAACGGUUCGCUGGCCAAUCGGAAUGAAUGUCCUAAGAUCUUUCAACGAGCAAAAAGAACCUUCAGAAGACUGGCAUAAGUUUCCAUUGAUGAAGAUAAAACUGACCUCGGGUUUGUUUCCUGCGCUACUUUUCCAAAUUUGUGUUUACUCGUUCCAUGUGGGAAUUAAUUAAUAUUCCUACUUUUAUCAUUGUACAGAGAAUAGAGAAGAUUGUGAAGCCUAUGAGUUCACAACAAGUGCUGAAAGUGACGAAGAGGAAGGUGAAGGAGAGGAAGGUGACCAAGAGAAAGAGGAAGUUGCACAGAAGAUUCCUGAUAAAGUGCAUCGAUCAAAGAGCAGCAGAGCUGGUUGUUCUUCAGGUUAUAUAUAUAACAUAACACCUGCAGAACUAGUAUUGUUCGAUGCUGAAUUAAUAUAAACGAGUAUGUUUAUGACAUUCAGUAUAUAUUUCAUAAUUUCCAGUCUUAAAUCCGUCUGACCAUGUAGCUCAGUUGGUAGAGCGCCGAUCUAGUAAUUCGAAGAUCACGGGUUCAAGACCCAGCCGCGGCAGACAACAUCUUUCUGCUUGCACUGGCUAUGGAAAUUAUAUAAUACACACUCUAGAACAUUUUCAUCUUAAUAUAUAUAUAUAUAUAUAUACCUGAUACUUUAUAAAUCACAUGUAUACAAUGCGCCAUUUGUUUUUGCAACACGUUAUGCAAUGCUGUAUCAAGACAAAGCUGCCUUGAAGUUCGUGUUCAGGGUGUUUCAGGAUUUUCUGUUUCGUACGUUUUGCAGAGAAGAUUGAGUUUAGCUGAACAAUUGGGGAUCUGUAUUAGCUGCGAGAGGCAAACUUGAGAUGCAGUGUGUUAAAACAGACACCAUAAACUGAUUAAAGAUGGUGAAUGAGUUGUUUUUCUUGUCUUGUGAAAUGAAUUCCAGCCAUUUUUUCUUGAUUGUGGGGUUUCCAGCUGAAACUAAUAUGCAAAUUUAACUGAAACAACUGUAUUUUUACUGCACUGUAUCUUUUGGCGAGAAGAUUGAGUUUCAAAACUCAAUUCAAGAACAGAAAUCCCUGAAAAAACUCUGGUGUUUUAAUGUUUUAUUAUAUGAACACUACUUGAUUUGAAAUUAUUCAAUUUUGUUGAUAUAUCAGGAAGAUUUGCAAUUUUAGAUUUUUAAGUAGGUACAGGACCUAUUUUAUGGCAGUGAUGCAGGCAUAUUCGUGUGUAAAUAUUACAUUUUCUCACUACUAUAGGGUUGCCUCCACCGCCCAAAUUUCAUUCUACUUCUACACCGAAGAAUCCGAUUCCAAAUGAUCAUCCGGUCUGUAGAACUGGACGUCCCACAUCACCACUAGCAGGUGACUUAAAGAUUUCAAAUUGUUUGAGGCAGUCAUCCACAGAGCCAGAGAGAAGUGAAACACGAACCCCAAAACGUACGAGGAAAGACUUAGUCCUGCUUCACCGGGCCGUCAUACAAAGAAAUCAAGACAGGAAAAAGAUUCGUCCAUUGCCACAAGUAACAAGGCUACUUCCUCUGCGAGCUUGUUCCCAAUGAGUGAAUCACGUACGUAUAAACAUCUUAGUGCCGUAAUUAGUAUUGAAAAUAUUUUUGAAAUAAUUCCAAUUACCCUGUCACCAAAAUCCACACAUUCACCUGGCUAUGCAGUUAUAUGCCAUGGUUACGAAGUUGUGUUCUGAGUUUGCAAAUGAGAAUGCGGUGGUAAGGUUCCAUGUUUGUGUGAGUGGGUAAAAGCGAUAAGGUUUCAAAAUAAGAAGAAUUUGUGUUACAGUAAAUAACACUGAUGUUGUAACUUUACGUGAGUGUAAAUGUAGCCGCAUUCCACUGCUAAGCCUUACGAGUAAGCCGGUUAUAGAGUGGAAAUUUAUGCGGCGGGGUAUUCUGCAGUUAAACCUUAUUUUUACUUGUUUGACCGGUGACCUCAUACUUUUCAUAGGUUUUCAGAAAGUGGUACUUCGUCUGCUGAGUGAAAUACGUGACAGCGUGCAACAAGUAGGAAAGCGAUCUGAACCAGCCGAUUCUGACUUUCAUCUUGUUCAAAUGACCAAUAUGGAAGAGUUUAGCGAACUUGAAGAGAAUCUUCUUGACAUUGAAAAAAAGAGAAUAUUGGUAAGCAGGUUUGAAAAUAUUCUUCGUGUCGUAUUCAUUUCAAGAUUUUGGGCAACAGAACUUUGCGUCUGCAGUGUCUGAUACGAUCAUAAUACAAGUAUAUGCGGAAGACCUAUACAGGGUGUAUAGAAAGAACGGAGUCCAUCUUUUAUGUCAAUAAUUUUCAUUGUACAAUAGUCUUUGCCCUUACUUUAAAUCUUGUCCUUUUUUCCAACAAAGGCUCAUUCAUGUUUUAGUGUGAGUUAUAUCUAGGUUAUAGUAGAACAUACUGUACCGUUUUGUGAUGCGGCUUAAUUAUGCCAUUUAAGCUAUGUUAUUGAACAAUUUUUUGAACUUUUCUCGUUGAACUUUUAAUACUUAUUUUAUAGGUAUCUAGAAUUGUAAGAAUAGGUGGAUCUAGUGUCAAUGAUAAUGUUUGCAACAUCAUGACCAGGUAUUUAUCAUUUAACUAAUUAUGUUCUAUAACAGGUACCUAGCAACCAAUCGGGCUGAAGUAGUGUAGUGUACACACGUAAAAACACAGAAGUUGUAACAAACCUGCAACAGACUUGUAGCAAUACCGUUCCACCAACUUGUCAACAAGAUGUGUUGUUUGCACUGCUUGUUCCCAGCUUGUUGACAAGUUGUCAACGGCUUGUUGACAACUUGCUACAAGAUUGUUGGGCUCAACAGACUUGUUACGAUGUCCUGUUAGUUCUUAUCAUCCUGCAAUUCAACAAUUUGUCAACAAGUUGUGUGAGUGACAAUCUUGUAGCAACUUGAUAAAAUAACAGCAUUGUUACAACUUGUUGACAAGCUUGUUACAAGUCUGUUGCGAACACAUCUUCCUGACAAAUUGUGAGAUUUUUACGUGUGUAGUCUGUGUACAACAACUAUAGUUGUCAUGAAGCAAGUCCAUGCCUGAUAAGAUUACAGCAUUACAUUAUAUACGACGUUUUAUUCCUAGUACUUGCUUACUAAUUCAGCUAAUUCGGUUUUUUGAGAACCAUUUUCAUUUGUCAGCCUGAAGUGGUUGUUGAACCAUUGUUCUUCCAUGCGGGGCUUUAUUGUAUUUGGAAACUUAGAAGUUAAAGGUUAAAGUAUAUUGACUCUUUCGCAGAUUUUGACUGUCAAUCUAUAGUACGUACUAGUUAUUUUUCGUGUGCAUGACUUUCGAAUUUUCUUUCACCAUUCUUAUUUCUUAGACUGACGACGAAUGAACUUAUGUCAACAUUCAACAUGGAUGGCCAUCGAAAGAAAACUGCGUUUCGGACGACUGUGUUGUUUCAAAUAAUAAAAGGUAAUUAAUAUAUUACUCGUACUUAACAAUUUGAGGUCAUCCGAACAUUUGAAUUCACCUUUACAGGCUCUAGAUAGUUUUCCGCAUGGGGCUGAAGUGAUUUUGCAUUUUUUUAAUUAGACAAUAAAUAAAUUAAUGAGUGGAAUUUGGGAAAACAAGAAAUUAUGUGGAAACACGAUGCCCACAGGGCGGACUGUUUUCACACAAUUUUGAGUUUUCCCAAUUUCCACGAGUGUUGAUAUAACUAUAUAUCAAUACGGAAAAAAUGUUUUAUAUUUGUUUUAUAAUAUAGCACAAAGAAACAUAAAGAAAGAAAUUUCCGACGUUUCUGUGUUGACAUUGAAUUAUAUCAACACGGCUCUUAGCCAAUCAGCGUUCAGAAUUUACAAAUGCCAUUAUAUAACAUAUUGCUAUUAUAAAAAAUGUUAUUAUAUUACUACAAAUGCUAUUAUAUAACAUUACAAAUGCUAUAUUAUAUAACAUAUAUAUGCAUGCUCACUAAUUUUACAUCGUUUUCUUUGCAGAGAGUGUGUUGAAGAAUUUCGCAAGCAGCGAGAAUGUGAUUACAGAAGCUGUUCAAUGUUUCUUAAAAUACGCUCCCGAUCGUAAAGGUGGAGACAGAGAAAAAGUCCGAACAGACAAUCCAAAAGAAUAA